CUCACUCUCAAGCAAAUUUAUUACUCAUCUCAUACAAGUUUAUGAUGGUUGUGUAUUUACUAGUUAGGGUUCUAAUCAUUCACUCAUUUAUCAAGGUUCAUCAACUUUCAGAAGAUUUAUUAAGGCUAUCUCACCUUUGAUUUCUGGUUUCAUUAGACCUUCAACUCACCAACUUAUUAGGAUGUAUCAAUGUCGUGUUGUUCCCCCAAGAAAAGAAUGGAUUUAUGCACCUAAGUAUUCACCUCCAUGGGUUGCCGGUGUUCAAUCUUUCAUCAAAUUUACAAGAGACGGUCUUGGUGAAGCUAGCAAUAAAGUUCGAUGUCUUUGCAUGAAAUGUAAGAACUACAAUAGUUUACCAAAAUCUCUAGAAGAUGUACAUGGGGAUAUUCUUGAGAAUGGAUUCGAUAUGACAUACCAAACAUGGAUCCAUCACGGAGAGAAACCUAGUGAUCAUGUCUUCGAUGUUGAAGAUCCUCCUUUACCCGCUAAUUAUGUUGUGAAUGAAGAUGUUCCUGUUUCGAGAAUUCAGAACUUGUUCAAUGAGACAUUAGGACGUGCAGUUGGUUUCAAUAACUUUGAAAAUUGGCAUAAUAAUUCUGAUUGUCCCCCAGGUGCUGAUGUUGAAGAUGAUAAUAGUGGUAAUAACCAAGAUAGAGAUGGUGUCAAUUAAAGCAAAAGGGUACAAGAUGCUGCACAACCCUUAUAUCCAGGUUGUAGUCCUGAACAUACAAAAUUGUCGGCAACAGUGGAGUUGCUUAGUAUGAAAGCAAGAUAUCUAUGUUCUGAUGUUUUCAUGACUGAGUUAUUGGGAUAUUUGAAAACCAUUUUACCGGCUGAGAAUACGUUGCCUCAUAAUUGAAGGAAAGUUAAGGAUAUGAUUAAACCGUUUCAGUUUCCGGUCCAAAUUAAUUAUCCAUGCUUGCAUUAAUGAUUGCAUUCUAUAUCGGAAGGAUUAUGCUGAUUUAGAGGAGUGUCCUAAAUGUAAGGAAAGUAGAUGGAAAAAGCCGCCAGAAGAGAGUAUUCCAACUACAAGAAAGGUGCAAUAAAGAUACUUAGAUAUUUUCCAGUUACAGAGAGGUUACAACGAAUG